UUUUUUUUUUUUUUUUUUUUUUUUUUUUUUUGUUGUCAACCAAUUUAAACUAGAUCAAGUGGAGAAUAGACGAGCCGAUUCUCCGAGGAGUAUCUCCAUCUAUCUGGGUCUGAUCUAUAUGGGAGAAAAUAUAGCCUUUGAUCCUUGUCUCCUUUGCUAACGCAUCUGCUCGGCCAUUCCGACUCCGAGGAAUAUGAGAUAGAUUCACAUCCUCGAAGUCUUCCUGUAACCUCUGGAACGCCUCGAUUCUGUCGUGAAGGCUGGCCAAUCCAUCGGGUUUUACUUUUUAGUUAUAUUUUGUAAGGGAUUCAUUUCUAUUUUGCAAGUGGAUUAGAAACCGGAUCAGACCUGAUCUUGGAGCUUGUGUGUCGACCACGAUUGUGGAACACAUCAUUGAAGCUCGAUGUAUUGGCAACGGAGAGAGGUCUCUUGAUAAUCUAGAAAUAUUCAUGAAUUCUAAAAUUAAUUGCUAUCUUACGCAUUUCUAACCACAGUUCCACCCGAUUUGUGAGGUUUCACAACAAACUAAAAUAACUGAACAAUAUGAAGACAUUGCAAUUGGCGAUAUAUAGUUUUUAAUCAUAGAAAGUAAUAUUUGAUGGAACGUAUUAAAAGGUAAGAUACUCAUAUUUUAUGUAGUCUAUUAAAAGCCAAAGUUAAUUUUUCAAAAAACAAAAAGUCGAAAAUAGUCCUUAUAAACUAGCAAAAAAAUGUAUUAGUUUAUAUAAUUCGUUUAUUUUAGAUUAUAGACUUUAAUAGCAUGUUUAUAUCAUACUAUCAAGUUUAAAAUUUUAACUUAUUUGAUUUUUAACCAAAAUUAUAUAUUAAAUAAUUAAAAUUUUAAAUAGCCAGAAUAAGAAAAAAGUCGAUCUCAAAUGUUUUUUUUUAAUCUUCUCUUUUGUGCUACAAAUUUUCUUUUUGAGUAUCUUAGAAAAUGGAAAUUGUUAAUUCAAAUAUCCCUUUUCCGUGCGUGUAAAGUCACCGCGUUAACUAGAACCGCAAAUCUAUAAAAGACAGUUAUAUCUUUUCUCCUUCGCCACCAUUUUCUUUUACGUUUUUUCUCUUCAGCCACAAAUUUUCUCAAAAGCAAUUCUUUCUUGAAACCCUAAAAAGCAAAGAUGCAGUCAAACGAAGAAUUCGUCAAAUUUGUUGGAAAUUAUGUCAAUCUCGUCCACUACACUAAUCUUGAAGAUGGCUCUUCGUUUCUCUCCGCAGUCAAGAACUCAUACCACAAAGACUACGACAGUCUCCAAACAGAGUUACAUAUACUUCUCAAACUCAGGGGAAGUCCCACGAUCGUUACAUGUUUAGGUGACUCUCUUCAACAAGGUCUCAGCAAUCACGGUAACAAAGUCCACAAACUGCAACUCGAGUAUGCUUCCGAAGGUAGUUUAAUCGCUUUCAUGGACCGUUACGUCGACAGAAAGUUGCAGGAACCGUUGAUCAAACAUCUCAUGCACAUGAUUCUCGAAGGUUUGGUCUCGAUUCACGACCAUGGUUAUGUUCACUGCAACAUCAAACCAGACAACUUACUUGUCUUCCCUUGUUCUUCUUCGAGACAAGAUUCAUAGGAGCUCAAGAUUUCUGAUUUUGGUAACUCGUUAGAGGUAGGAGAGGCAUAUACAAGGCAAUUGAUUCCCUAUCAAACAACCUAGGGUACCCUAUCCCUUCUAUCUUAACCUUAUCACCAUUUGCUAUAAGAACAUUCAUUGAGGCAAGCUGGACAUCACUAAUCAAGUUCCUAUCACUAAUCAUGUGAUGGUUUGCUCCUGAAUCUAUUAUGAUAGGUUUAGGUUUAGAGUCAAGAGAGUGUGUAGCACCCUUCUUGGAUGAGAUAAAGGCUUCGAUAAAGGCAUGUAGGUCACUCAUGAUCGCUGGACCAUCAAUGUUGGCCGCACUAUCAUUACUUCUCCACGCUCCUCCUUUAUUUGAAUCACCAAUGACAGAUGAAUACAUAGUUUUUCCUAAUACAUAGUUUUUUCUUGAAUCGAUGGAUGCUCAAACUUCUUGAUUACAUUCCUAACAAGAGUCAAAUCACUUCUUCUUCGUAUAUUGUGCUUCUUAUGUUGUUCCUUGGCCUUCUUGUACGCUGGAACCAAAACCAUGUUUGAGUUAUCCCUCAUGGAGAGAUAUGGACUAGUGGAAAAUAGACCGUUCCUACUGGUUUUCAGAUAUACUGGACUUGAUGAAGCUUUCCGGAUAUGGUUGAAGCUUUUUUGAAUUCCAGAGAAUAAGGUAUACUCCUCUAUCUUGAGUGCUGGUGAGGUUCUUCUCUCUUGGAAGACCUUUGGACCCGUGGAUAAAAGGAUGUAUCCAAUAGAUUUUGAAGAAAAUCUAAGAAAGAAAUAGACUUGCGGAAGCUUUUGUGAGGUUCAGGAGCUUAAUGCUCUGAUACCAUGUGAGAAUAUGAGAUGUAGUAGAAUGUUAGUUUCAGGAGAAUGAAAAAGAGAGAGAGAGAGAGAGAGAGAGAGAGAGAGAGAGAGAGAGAGAGAGAGAGAGAGAGAGAGAGAGAGAGAGAGAGAGAGAGAGAGAGAGAGAGAGAGAGAGAGAGAGAGACUAAUUUCCUUAAUUAUUUCUUGUACUCUACAACUGAAUAUAUAUAUGAGACUGAUGUGACAAGUCCCCAACAGUUCUUUUAAUUCAAAUUCAAAUAGUUUCUCAAUGGAGCUGUGAUGCGUUGCCGUGGAUGCGUUGGCUCUUCAAUGGUCACCGUGGAUGCGUGCCUGUGGAUGGGUUGGCUCCUCAACGGUCGCUGUGGAUGCGUUACCGUGAAUGGGUUGGCUCUUCUUCUCAAUAGAUCCCAGAGAGUUUACCUUCUGUUGCAAAGGCUUUUAUCGAAACGCGUUUCUCAAAGAAUCCUGAGAAGAGAGGAAGCGCUUGUAAAUUUCUGUCUCAUCCGUUCUUGCCUCGUCCACAAGUGGAAGAAGAAGAACAGGAAAAGAAGGCAAGUAACUCGUUUCUGUUCAUUAGCGUUUAGUUUCUCUGUUUAGACCGUAGUUUCUGUUCACUUACGCUUGGUACUAGUAAGUAGACUAUAGUUUGUUAAUUGACGUUUAGUAUGUGUCUCUGUUUAGACUGUAGAUUCUGUUCAUUUACAUUUAGUAUCUGAUUAGUAUGUAGACUGUAGUUUCUAUUGAUCAAUGUUUAGUAUCUCUAUUUAGACUGUAGCUUAUGUUGAUCAAUGUUUAGUAUCUCUGUUUAGACUGUAGCUUCUGUUGAUUAACGUUUAGCAUCUCUGUUUAGUAUAUAGCUUUAGUUUCUGUCGAUUAAGUUUCGUUAUUUCUGUUUAGUUUAAAGAUCAAAUUUACAUGCGUCUCAGGUCACAUUUCAACAGUUUCCUUUAGUAUUGUUGUUUAGUAUGUAGAAACCGUUUAUUAACUUUUGAGUAUCGAUGUUUAGUAUGUAGUUUCUGUUCAUCAACGCCUAGUUUCUUUGUUUAGUAUGUAUCUGAGGUCUCAAAUCACUAAAUCAGUAUCUUACGACAUUAUAACUAUUAAUAAAGAUUUUUUUUGUUCAUUCUGAAUUGCUCACUAUACAUAGUUCUUGUCUGCAAACUUCAUUCUCAGAGCAUCUCCAACCUCAUUCCAUAAUUUACUGCAAAAUAGAGUGAAAAAAUGGAGUAAUGAAGAAACCAAAAAAUGAUUACUCCAUAAUUAAAGUGAUUUUUCAUUUUUUGUUCAUACUUCAUUUUUCACAUCAUUUUUGAAGUAAAUUAUGGUGGGGAUGAAGAUGCUUUCAAUAUUUUUACAGUGGUUAGCAAUCGAAAAAGAGUUUAUCAAUGCUCAUUUAGCUUGUCAUCUUCAACUAUAAAAGCAAAAAUUGGAACAAACCUUUACAACCUACAACACAGGUUCCUUUAUGAUCAUGACAAGUGAAUCACUUCAGCAGAAUCGUUGCCUUUUCAGUUUGAACCAUUGCAUCAGCCUUGAUCCAUCCCAUCAAACGUUCAAGGAUGCAAAGCUCCUUCACCAGUCACCUUUUUAAUAUAGUGAGCAA